AUGUCACAGCGGCCCAGACCGGGGGCUGCCCGAGCUGCCCAAAACCAACAGGUCAUUAAAGACCUGUUGAAGCUGAAUUGCAACAAGACAUGCGCAGAUUGCAAGCGGAAUAAGCAUGGGCCAGUUGGAAUAUCGGCAUCUUCAUCUGUAUACGUUGCUCUGGGAUCCAUAGAGGCAUGGGGACGCAUAUAUUGGGAGGCCAAACUACCCCCUGGCCAUGUCCCUUCCGAAGCGAAAAUUGAGAAUUUCAUAAGAACGAAAUAUGAAUCGAAAAGAUGGGUGAUGGAUGGACCAAUGCCGGACCCGUCUACUCUGGAUGGCGAAGCUGACGACGAUGUGCUGUCGUUCAAGAAAAAGGCCAAAUUAGAGCGAUCAGCAUCGCAUCGAACAUCUACUGUUACUCGACCUUCCACACAAGCACAAUCGCAGUCCAUCAAUCUAUUUGAUGAUAACACUCCGACACCACCUACUAGGCCUAAAACAACCGAUAUAGCCGGAGCUCAGGCUCCUGUAAAGUCUUCACAGCCGCCUGCUGCAUCUAAACAAAACAAACCUGCAGACUCCCUACUCGGGCUCGACUUCUUCGGCACGUCACAAACCCCGACCGCAAGUAGACCGUCUAGCACACCCUCGGGUCCAACAACUACAGGCCCUUCAAGGCCGGAUCUUAAGCAGUCGAUUUUGUCACUCUACGCAUCCGCUCCUAAAGCACAACCAGCUCCUCAACACGACCGCACUACUUCAUUUGGAUCAUCGGUUUCUUUUCAAACUCAGCCCAAACCUCCAAAUGAGGGUCCGGAAACAACCCGCUUCGUUCCUGGGCGAAGUUUUGAUCUAAUUGACGCAACUAUGGGAUCUAAAAAAUCGGCUGCCGCUCCCCCUACCACAUCUACUAAUGACAUGCUAGACCUCUUCUCUUCCCCGCCACCAACGACCUCGCCCCCAGUCUCAUCACCACCAAACACAAAUGACUUUAAUUCAGCUUUCAAUUUAUCAGCUCCCAAACCACACGCUACAAAACAAACCCCACCCACCAAUACUGCCACUACAACGAGCAUGUUUUCAAGCGUGAACAUAGACCCAUGGGGAGGUAACGCCUGGACAUCUACAGAUCCAUCCCCGCCGGUAACGCAGUCGGCAUCAAUUAUGAAGGUCCCCGAUACGCUGACCGCCAAUGACAUAGGGCGUGGUUGGGGUGCCCCUUCUGAUGUUGGCGGAACUUCUGCUCCCAAACCCGCUCCUACCAUCACUGGUGAUGAAGACUUCGGAGGAUGGACCAGCGCGAUGCCAAGCGAGACCACCACUUCUGCGCCAAAAUCCAAAUCAGCUGGUGGGUUUGCGGGGAACGACGAUUUGUUCUCUAAUGUAUGGGAAUGA